AUGGAGAUUGAGCAUAUCGGCACGACAAAUCCCACCGGCCUGGACAGUGAUCAAAUGUGGGUCCUCCAUACGGGCGGGCGGGUGGAUAAGUUGCUGGCGAUCUUGCGCCAAUCAGAUUCUCUCCAUGUGCACGGCGAGGACGCUUUGCGGCAUAUGAAAAGCGAAGUUCACGGCUGGGUCAUGUGGCAGUGGUCUCGCGACGUCUUUAUAAGGAGGCACUUCCCGUCCUUCUUGUCCUCUUCAUCUUCGUCAGAGCUGCAAUGCCCUCUCGACCACCCAGAUGGCUUCGCCUGCCCCUGCGCCACUCACGCGCUGCAAUCUCCGAAAGCUCCACAAGAUGUCAGACAGCCUCUGCUGGGCCAGUCUUCGCCUUCUUCACGCGCUCAUACGUCGUCGUCGGGGUUUCAAAGCCUCGUCAAUCGUAUCGCGAGACUGCAAGGCGCCGGUGUUGUCAUGCUUAACAAUUCACCGCCUCCGGAGAUUGAGGAGCUGCUAGAAGCCAUCUGGGGGGCGCCAACAGGCUGA